GCGAGCCACCGGUCGCCCGAGGCCCGCCAUUCAACUCCGCCAACUGUCAGGGAUGUCACCUCUGGCAUCUCUCUUACUAAGAUCGACCUCAAAUCCCUACCCCCACUCUACAAGAAGGUUAGAAAGGGAUGGUAUGCCGUCUUUAACCCCCAACUGCAACGUGAUCUCGAUGUCGAUCUAGUCCACGUAUUUAAACAUUUCACUACUGUCAGCAGUGUGACAUUCAGCCACGACGGCAUGUACAUCGCUACUGGCAGUUACCGCACAGCCCGAAUUUUCGACAUACAGACUGGUGAGCAGGUGUGUGUCCUGGAUCACAGCGCUUCCCAUGCGAACCAGAGUAUAUACAUAAGCAGCGUGUCCUUCAGCUCUGAUGGCCACUGCCUAGCUACGGGUGCAGAGAACAUGGUUUACUUAUGGGACAUCAAAUCUGGUACAAUUCUAGCCCAGCUCGAGGGCCAUAAGAAGGAGGUAAACUCGAUAGAGUUCUCUUCUGAUGGAAGAAGUAUUGUUUCGGGUGCUGUUGAUAAGACUGUCCGUUUGUGGGAUGUCGACACCCGGGCUAACGCCCGUAUCCUCUCCGCUGAAGCCAGCAUCCUAUCGGUCACCUUUUCACCCGAUAUGCAACUUAUCGCUUCAGGAUCAGCAGACAGAAGCAUAAGAGUCUGGGAAGCAAGUACAGGUGUACUUCGGGCGUGUCUUGACGGCCCUGAAGGACACAGUGAUGCUGUUUAUUCGGUCGCCUUCUCGCCCGACGGCGAGACCCUCGCCUCAACCAGCAUUGACAAUACUGUCAAGGUGUGGCACCUGGGAAUGCCCACUAAACCCCAAAGCCCAUGGGAAGUGAAGUGUAUCAAGACUCUCCAAGGCCACACAAGCAUUGUCUACUCUGUUGCAUUCACCCCUGAUGGAAACGGGCUUCUCUCCGGGUCUGCGGAUAAGAGUUUGCAGUUCUCGGACUCGAAAACAGGUGUGGCACAAUUCAUGCUUGUAGGUCAUGGGCAUACAGUUAAUUCGGUUGUCGUUAGCCCCAGGGGGGGCAUCUUCGCGACUUCAUCCACGGACGGGGAGGCUCGAGUUUGGUCAUACGGCCCA